AUGCAAGGGGAUAAAACGAAAAAGGGCAAGAACUUUAAGAUUCCCUAUUCUUCAAAAUGUAAAAAUGAAAAAACCUGGGAGGACAAUAUAAGGAAUAGAAAAACAAAAAAAAACCCAAAAAAGAAUGAAAAAAAUAAUUUAAUGCAUGAUAGGAAUAUACAUAAAUAUAUAUAUAUUGAUUAUAUUGAAUUAAGUAAAAAGUAUACAUUUUUAAAAUUAUUUUUACAGAAAAAUGAAAAGUCCACAAAUUCAUACUAUAACUUUGAGCAAUCAAUUGCCGUAUACUUUUUGAGUAAAUCUAUAUUAAAAGAAUAUUAUGAUCUAAAUUUUUAUAUGCCUUAUAUUAAAAAUGAUGAAAUUCAAAAUAAGAUUAUUUUGGGUAAUAAUAUUUUUAAUACUAAUAAAUUUAUUUAUACUAUAAAUGAAUUUAAAGAUAUAAAUUCUUUGAAAAAUAUCAUAUUACUAUCAUAUGAAAAUUAUAAUACAUUUUUAUUAAAUUUAAAAAAUGACAUUAAUACAAAUUUGUCUUGUCAUCAAUAUGAUGAAUCUACUAUAACAUAUAAUAAUAAUAGUAAUAAUAAUAAUAGUAAUAAUAAUAAUAUCAUUAAUGAACAAACAGAUGAUAUAUAUUGUAAAUAUACCUUUGAAUGUAAUAAAAAAAAUGAAAACAAUAUUUUACAAAAUGAUCAGGGGGGGAAAUUUCUCUGUCCAUGUGUUCCUGGGAGAGUAAAUUAUAUACACAUUCUAGCUGAUCUUACAGACAUUAACGAAUUAAAAAACUUUAAAAAUAAUGAUAAAUAUAUAUCUACUACACAUAUAAAUGAAAAUAUUAAUAAUACAAAUAAAAUACAAAAGAAUAUGUUAUUAUUAUAUGGAAAUAUAAUUAAAGUAUUAGAUAUAGGUGUAGGAGCUAAUUGUAUAUACCCUCUCUUAGGAAAUAAUAUAUAUAAGUGGUCUUUUCUAGGUACUGAUAUAAAUAUUGAUUCUUUAAAAUAUAGUUUUAUAAAUAUUUUAAUAAAUAACAAAGAAAAUGAUAUUCACCUAAAAUAUCAAACAAAUAAAAGAAACAUUUUUCAAAACAUUAUUAAUAAUUCAGAUUUGUUUUUUUUUUCCAUGUGCAACCCACCAUAUUAUACGUUUAUUGAAGAGGUAAAUAAAAAUCCAUAUAGAAUGUUAGAAGCCAAUAUUGAUGAGGUGGUAUAUUAUUUGGGAGACGAAAAAGGGGGAACCAUAAAUAAUAAUAAUAGUACUAAUAAUAAUGAUAAUAAUAGUGACAUGGAUUAUAUGCGUGGAGCUGAUAUACAUAUAGAUAUUACACAUACGGAUGAUAUACAAACGCAUAACAUAAAUUUAGAUAGAAUUAUUUCGAGUGAAUUAGGUCCCAUAAAUACGGGAAACCAAAAAGAACAGAAAGUAGAAAAGGAAGAAGAAUUAAAUAUUACAAAGAGCCAAAAAGAAAAUUCUAAACAUUGUUGUAAUAAUAAAAAGGUAGGUGAUAAUAUAAAUGAUGGUAAUAUAACAUCUUUAAAAAUAUCUAUAAAUGAAGGAGAAGAACAUAAUGUUAAUAAUACACAUUUUAUUAAUACAUCCCAAAAUUACAAUAAUAAGGGAGGAGAAUAUAAAUUUAUCAUGAAUAUGCUUGAGGAAAGUAUAUCAUAUUUUUUUAAUGUAAUAUGGUUUACUACAUUAGUAUCUAAGUUUAAAAAUGUUAAAUUAAUAAAAAAGGAAAUUAUCAAUUCAAUGAGAUUAUAUCAUGAAUACAAAAAAAAUCAAGUAUAUUUUCUUAAUAGUAUAAUAAAUGAAAAUUUAUAUUUUAAUCAAACUUUUGUUUUUAAAAAUAUACAAAAAAAAAUACCACCUGUAUCUAUAGCACAAUAUAGAAUAUUUGAAUCAUACAGUGGAAAUAUAACGAGGUGGAUAAUAUGCUGGUCAUAUUAUAACCCUGAACAAAUAGAUGCUAUGAAGAAAUUAUAUUAUGAGAAAUCAAAAUAA